GCCAUUUUGCAAGCGUCACUUGGCGGCGUGUGCGGUUUUAACAUUUUUAUCAAGUAGUCUUCACUGAAAUCAUAAUAUUGUUUUGUUUUUGUGUAAUAUGUCGUAUCAAUCUAGUGUAGCGCAGGAUUCAUUAGCUGCGGCACAAUUAGAAAUGGCCGGUAACCCUAAUGCUUUGGCUUUACGGCGCCCAUUCGACCCGGUAGCCCAUGAUCUGGAAGCGAGUUUUCGCUUGACGAGAUUUGCUGAUUUAAAAGGAAGAAGCUGUAAAGUCCCCCAGGAUGUAUUGGGAAAACUGGUGGAGUCGUUACAACAAGACUACUCGCAACAAGAUCAAGACCAAUUCAUGCAUGUAGCGAUACCGCGAAUCGGUAUCGGUCUGGAUUGCUCGGUGACGCCACUGAGACACGGUGGACUCUGUUUGGUACAAACCACUGACUUUUUCUAUCCUUUAGUAGACGACCCUUAUAUGAUGGGCAAAAUAGCCUGUGCUAACGUCUUGAGCGACCUUUAUGCCAUGGGUGUAACUGAAUGUGAUAACAUGUUGAUGUUGCUCGGUGUAUCAACGAAAAUGACAGAGAAGGAACGUGAUGUUGUAAUUCCUCUGAUUAUGAGAGGAUUCAAGGACUCCGCUUUAGAAGCAGGUACCUCUGUAACUGGUGGACAAACUGUAAUCAACCCGUGGUGCACUAUUGGAGGGGUGGCCACUACAAUUUGCCAGCCUAAUGAAUACAUAGUACCUGACAAUGCUGUAAUGGGGGAUGUUUUGGUUUUAACAAAACCCUUGGGAACUCAAGUUGCAGUAAAUGCUCACCAAUGGCUAGAUCAACCUGAGCGCUGGAAUCGCAUCAAGUUGGUUGUAUCAGAAGAAGAUGUACGCAAGGCAUACCAUCGUGCAAUGGACUCUAUGAGUAGAUUAAAUCGUAUUGCAGCACGUUUGAUGCAUAAAUACAAUGCACAUGGUUCAACUGAUGUUACUGGAUUUGGCCUUCUUGGACAUGCACAAAACUUGGCAUCUCACCAAAAGAAUGAAGUGUCUUUUGUUAUUCACAACUUGCCUGUGAUUGCUAAAAUGGCAGCAGUGGCAAAAGCUUGUGGAAAUAUGUUCCAAUUGCUUCAGGGACAUGCUCCAGAGACAUCUGGAGGACUGCUUAUCUGUUUACCCCGUGAACAAGCUGCUGCCUACUGCAAAGACAUUGAGAAGCAAGAAGGCUAUCAGGCUUGGAUCAUUGGGAUUGUGGAAAAAGGCAACCGCACAGCACGCAUUAUUGAUAAGCCACGAGUGAUCGAAGUACCGGCUAAAGAUUAAAUAACUGAAAUUUUGAGAUAUUGUAAUAACAAUACUUAAAUUUCUUAUUGACAUCGGAACUGGACAAACCUUACAAUUUUUAUUUUAAAAUAAUUUGAUUGUUCCUUGAAUUUCUUUUGAGGAAUUUGUUUGUCAGGUCACUGUUCUGUAUGAUAAUAACAAACAGUUGAAUAGUUCUAUUGAGAAUAUUAUGUAAGAAAGCUUUUAGCUGACUUUGUCUAGUGACUUUGAUGUUUAUAUUUAGGUAAGAUAUCACUAAUAAAUUUAAGAGAAUAAUUCCAUUAGGUACACAUAAAACCUAACAUUUGUUUGCAGCUUGUGAACAGUAUCUGCAAAUUGUGAGAUAAGUAUAAUUAUUAGAAUAAAGUUAUUUUUCAGUC